UCAUACUAUACUUCUUCACUCAACCACACAAGUAAUAACAACUCCUUCAUAUCCCACAAGUUGCAAAAUGCAGGCAUCUAAAUUUGCAGUGUGUGCAGUUCUGAUACUGCUUCUGGCCUGUGGAGCACAUGUUUCAGAGAGUGUAACUUGCAACCCAACUGAACUCAGCCCUUGCAUGUCGGCUAUCUCGUCGGGGUCUCCACCGUCGCCACUUUGCUGCAGUAAGAUCAAGGAGCAGCAGCCUUGCUUUUGCCAGUAUCUCAAGAAUCCCAAUUUGAAUAAAUACGUUAACUCUCCAAAUGCAAAGAAAAUUGCUUCCACUUGUGGGGUUUCCCCUCCGAAAUGUUAAUUAUGCUUUCAAGGCUCUAUUGCCAAUUUCAUGAAGAGUGAGUACUAAAUGAGAAUAAUAGUGUAACUUUUGCUUCUCUUGCUAUUAGUUGCACUAUCUAAUAAGUUGACAUAUCCAUAGGUUCAGUCUCACUGAACUGGCUGGGGUGUUUAAGAUUUGUACUAAUAUUUUUAUUGCAAUUCAGAUAAUUGGGAUUGUCUCUUUAUUU